AUGGGACAUUGGACUUUGCCUGCAGUGAUGGUUGUCUACAUGAGUUGGAAUUUGCAAGCCUCAUCUGCUUGGACGGUGAAUAACUUCCUCAUGACCGGACCAAAGGCUUUUCUGACGUAUGCUGGCAGUGUUCAAGUAGGUGCGCAAAGUGGAAUAUACGAGUGUAAACAUCAAUUUGCGUGGGACAGAUGGAACUGUCCGGAGAGUACGCUUCAGCUAUCUACACACAAGGGCCUAAGAAGUGCCACAAAAGAGACAUCUUUUGUCCACGCUAUCAGUGCUGCAGGAGUGAUGUACACUCUGACCAAGAACUGUAGCAUGGGAGACUUUGAUAACUGCGGCUGUGAUGACUCCAGGAUAGGACAGAGUGGUGGUAGAGGGUGGAUUUGGGGAGGCUGUAGUGAUAACGUGGCGUUUGGAGAGAAGAUCUCCAAACAGUUUGUGGACGCACUAGAAGAUGGUCAUGACGCUCGUGCCGCGGUCAACCUGCACAACAACGAGGCUGGCAGACUGGCAAUCAAAGCCACAAUGAGGAGAGCAUGCAAGUGUCACGGAGUGUCUGGCAGCUGCAGCAUCCAAACGUGCUGGAUGCAGCUGGCUGAUUUCAGGGAGGUGGGAAACUACCUGAAGAUGAAGCAUGCUCAAGCAAAGAAGCUGGAGAUGGACAAGAGGCCGGUGAGGGCUGGGAACAGCGCCGAUAACAGAGAAGCCAUUGCGCAUGCCUUCCGCAACAUUCCACGGACGGAGCUCAUCUUCCUGGAGGACUCCGCGGACUAUUGCGUCAGGAACCAGAGCAUGGGCUACCUGGGCACCGAGGGACGGGAGUGCCUGAAGGGGGACAAGAACAUGCCACAGUGGGAAAGGAAGAGCUGCCGCAGGCUGUGCUACGAAUGCAGCCUCCGUGUGGUGGAAAAGCGCACCGAGGUUGUCAGCAGCUGCAACUGCAAGUUCCACUGGUGCUGCACGGUCAGAUGUGACAAAUGCACCCAAGUUGUUACUAAAUAUUACUGUGCACGCAAGGACAGUAGCAGAAGAGCACACAACAACAAAACAAAACGAAAACACCGUGCAGGUCGGCACUGA